UAAAAAAACAAAUAAGUGAAAUGCUAUCCUUACACUUAAUCAUACACCUACACUACACCACAGUAGCAUAUCUCUAGCCACUAGAAAUUGGAGACAAGCAUUGAAAUUUACGGGUUAGGUUUCAGUAACUUUAGCGAACUGCACGGUAACUUUACCUCACCCAGGACACAGCCUCUUAGAAAUUUUUCUCUCAUCUUAACUCUUCCUUUUUUUUCUUCUUAUUUUAUAUUUCAAAAAAUGUUAAAAGUGCUUAAAGUUACCAAAGUCACACUGCUGCAAAGUUACCAAUCCUUCUCCGAAAUUUACAUAGUUUUCCUUCUUUCUUGCAACAACAACGACCCAUUCUCACACAGUAAACUUGACGACAUUGCGUCGACCACACUACCAUGAUUAAUUAAUUAACUAACUAAUUUCCCUUUCCUCUCAUCGUUCCACACACAGAUUCAUCCAUGGAAGAUCCCUCACAUCAAACAGAAAAUUUAGUUGAAAGAACUGCAGCAUUUAUUCACGAGUUUCAGAAAGCAAUGAUCCAUGAAGAAAGUAGAUCAACGAUGCGUGAACAUGAAGUGUUUCUAAGCUUCAGAGGAGAAGACACGCGCUCUUCCUUCAUUUCACAUCUCCAUGCUUCUCUUCAAAACGAAGGAAUUAAAGCUUUUAGAGACGACGAUUCUCUGAAAAGAGGAGAUCACAUUUCAGCAUCAAUACAUCAAGCAAUUCAAAAAUCUCAGAUCUCUGUCAUUGUUUUUUCAAGAAACUAUGCAGAUUCGCGAUGGUGUCUAGAUGAAUUGGUGAAGAUAAUGGAGUGUCGUAGAACCAUAGGGCAAGUGGUUUUGCCAGUGUUUUAUGAUGUUGAUCCCUCGGAAGUUCGUCAUCAAUCUGGCGAGUUUGGAAAAGCUUUUGGAAAUCUCUUAACUAGGCUUUCAAACAAGAAAGGGAUUUAUGAUAGGUUUGGAAAAGCUGUUCGAUAUGUUUUGAAAAGUUUUUCAAUGUAUGACGAAGAGUCGCCAAAUCAGGAGCUGAGGUGGAGUUGGAGUGCCGCGCUUCGUGAGGCAGCAGGACUUGCAGGAUUUGUAGUACUAAAUUCAAGGAACGAAAAUGAGGCUAUCAAGGAUAUUGUUGAAAAAGUUACACAAUUGCUAGACAAGACAGACUUGUUUGUUGCUAAUAAUCCAGUGGGAGUUGAAACUCGAGUACAAGAUAUGAUUCAAUUACUAGACAUCCAACAAUUAAAUGAUGUUCAUUUAAUAGGAAUGUGGGGUAUGGGAGGAAUUGGCAAAACCACAAUUGCAAAAGCCAUUUACAAUAAAAUUGGCUGUGAUUUUGAAGCUAGGAGCUUUCUAGCAAAUACAAGGGAGGUUUGGGAGAAAAAUGAUGGACCAGUGUCUUUACAACAACAACUUCUCUUUGAUAUUUGCAAGGAAUCGAAAACCAAGAUUUCAAGCAUUGAGGCGGGCAAAAUUAUAUUAACGGAUAGACUUUGUGGAAAAAGAGUAUUUCUUGUACUUGAUGACGUGAGUACAUUGGAUCAAUUGAAUGCUUUGUGCGGAAGUCGUCAAUGGUUUGGUUCAGGGAGUAGAAUAAUCAUCACAACUAGAGAUAUGCAUAUACUUAGAGCUAAUAGAGUUGACCAAAUAUACACAAUGAAAGAAAUGGAUGAAAGUGAAUCAAUUGAGCUUUUUAGUUGGAAUGCAUUUAAGCAAGCAAGCCCUAUAGAAGAUUUUGCAGGAAUUUCCCAAAAUGUAGUGGAGUAUUCGGGGCAAUUGCCGCUAGCUCUAGAAGUCCUCGGGUCUUAUUUGUGUGAUAGGGGGAUAACAGAAUGGAAGUGUGUAUUGGACAAGCUCAAAAGAAUUCCAAAUGAUCAAGUGCAGAAGAAGUUAAAAAUAAGCUAUGAUGGUUUAAAUGAUGAUUUUGAGAAAGAAAUAUUCCUUGACAUCGCUUGUUUCUUUAUUGGGAUGGACCGAAAUGAUGUUAUACAUAUAUUAAAUGGCUGUGAACUUUAUGCGGAAAUUGGAAUAAAUGUCCUUCUUGAGCGCUGCCUUGUGACUGUUGAUGAUAGGAACCGACUUGGAAUGCAUGAUUUGUUACGAAAUAUGGGUAGAGAAAUCAUACGCGAAGAAUCACCAAAGGAGCCCGAGGGGCGUAGCAGGUUGUGGUUUAGUAACGACACGCUUAAUAUUUUAUUUGAACAGACGGGAACAAAAGUUGUUGAGGGACUGACUUUGAUGUUGCCAAGAGAUAGUGUAAAAUGUUUUAGUACUAAUGCAUUUAAAAAGAUGACGAGACUCAGAUUGCUUCAACUUGCUGGAGUACAACUUGAUGGAGAUUUUGAAUACCUUUCGAGAAAUCUAAGAUGGCUUUCUUGGAAUGGGUUUCCUUUAACAUGCAUACCCUCGCGCUUUUAUCAAGGAAAUUUAGUUUCAAUUGAGUUAGAAAAUAGCAAUAUCAAAUAUUUAUGGAAAGAAACCCAGAGGCUAGAGAAGCUGAAAAUUCUCAAGCUUAGUCAUUCUCAUUAUCUGAGACAAAGCCCAAACUUUUCACACUUGCCUAAUCUUGAACAACUAAUACUCUCCGAUUGUCCAAUGUUGUCUGAGAUUUCUCCUAGCAUUGGACAUCUCGAUAAAAUUCUUCUAAUAAAUUUAGAAGAUUGUAUUAGCCUAUGCAGCCUCCCAAAAAGUAUCUAUAAGUUGAAAUCUCUGAAAACUCUCAUUCUUUCUGGUUGUUUAAAGAUUGAAAAGUUGGAAGAGGACUUGGAACAAAUGGAAUCUUUAACCACCUUGAUUGCAAAUAACACUGCAAUUACAAAAGUGCCGUUUUCAAUUGUAAGAUCAAAAAGCAUUGUAUAUAUUUCUUUGUGCGGCUAUGAAGGAUUUUCACGUGAUGUGUUUCCAUCCAUCAUUCGGUCUUGGAUGUCACCAACAAAUAAUCUCCCAUCCCAAUUUCAAAAUUCUACUAUCAUGUCAUUUCCUGUUCUUUUAGAUGUACGACAUAGUAAUUCCCACGAAUUAUCAUUGAUAUCAAAGCACCUUCCAAGUCUUCAAAGUAUUUGGGUGCAGUCCAGCUCAGAACUUCAACUUUCUCACGAUGCAGCAAUAAUUUUGGAGGCAUUGUAUGCCACUAAUUAUAAUGAAUUGGAAUCAGCUGCAACUACAUCACAAAAUUCCUCGAAAUCUAUUUUCAUUCAAUUGGGAAUGAAUUGCCAAAUUGCCAAUAUUUUGAAAGAGAAAAUUUUACAGAAUAUGGCUGUCCAAGGGUGCGGGGGCUUUUUGCUCCCGGGUGAUAAGUAUCCAUGUUGGUUAACCUUCAAUUGCAAAGGUUCUUCUGUAUUUUUUGAAGUCCCUCAAAUGGAAGGACGUCAUUUAAAGACAAUAAUAUGCGUUGUCUAUUCUUCAAAUCCAGAAAACAUAGCAUCAAAUGGCCUUAAAAACGUGAUGGUGAAAAAUUACUCAAAGGCCACCAUUCAGCUCUAUAAGAGAGAGGCACUAGUCUCAUUAGAAGAUGAGGAGGGUCAGAGAUUAGUAUCAAGUAUAGAACCUGGCAAUAAAAUGGAGGUUGUUGUUGUUUUUGAGAACAAUUUAUUUGUGAAAAAGACAACAAUUUAUCUCCUAUAUGAUGAACCAGUUGGCAGAAUAAUGGAACAAAGUUAUGUGUAGAUUGGAUGCUACUUGAGGUGCUAAAGAAAGUAAUACUGGUGUUUGGUUUCAUUUUGAAGCCCUGAUCAAGAAGAUUUUAUCUAUGUGACCAUGUCUAAGAAUGCAUUUGUCCUAUUCUUCUAAUGAAGAAUCUGGCCUGCUGUUUAAUCUUGUUAGUUGGUGUUUAAUCUUGUUAUUUGGUGCUGGUGGAGUUCUAACUUAUGUGUGCUUCCGGUAAGUAAAAUAAAAUUUAUACAUUCAAUUUUGAUACCAUUAAUCAUAAAAUAUGGUAUAUGUUUUCUGAACAGAAACUAUGAAGUGAUAAUGUGCGGAGUGGUUAUUUUGAACAUUUAAGAGUAUUCUGAUUAGUGUUUUAUCCAUUUUACAACGAGUUGCGGCAAUGAAGGGAACAACAGUCUUGCAUUGAAUAAAUGUUGGGAUGAGAUGCGCGCGACAAAGGUAAAUUCAAUAGGAAAAUGGAGUCUGUCUACUAGAUGAAAAUGCAAACAGAUAAAUCACUAGCCUACUCAAAGGAAGUAGUUGAAGAAAUGCGUGAUAAGUUGACAAGUUUAUAUUUAAGACACGGACAUAGGUACAGGUUCUCCAUUGAUUCUGUGAAGGUCAUUUUUGGUUAACUGUUACUGCCUGCAUUGAUGUAUUUAGAGUAACACUUAUAUCAGAGUUGACAAUGCAGGAUUUUUCAUUUGGAGCAUUGAAGUUGAAGAGGAAGAAUGUUUACUCGGGGGGGACCAGUAGCACAAUUUAGUUUCAUUUUUUCUCUCCAUGAAGUCAAGUUAGAGGUGUUACAUAAGCUCUCUUGGGAGAAAGCAUGUGACUUUCACUUUUAGGCUAUGUUUGGGAGUUUGGAGGAGAGGGGAGGGAAAGGCUUCCAAAAAUGAAAUUUUAAAAAAAUAUAGAAAAAUAUUUGACAUUUUUUGAAAAAAUGAUUUUGUUUAGAAUGAUAAAAGAGUCAAUAUCAUUAGUAAAUUUUUAA